AUGAAGGACGAUGAGAAGACGGGAGAGAUGGAGGAGUUUAAAUAUCUAUGGAUGGAGAGAAGGGACGAUUGGGAAUCCAUUGGAGAGGAAAAUCUGACAGUUGGAAAGGGAGAUCCGACAGAUUUGAUUCGGAAUCGGGAGGAUCUUCAAGGAAUCAGCCAAAAAUGGGGAACAAGAACACCACCUUCCCCUCCCCCACAAUCGAUGCAGAAUUUCCUUUGGGAAGCAAUUGCUUGCUCCAAGCGUGACAGAUUUGAAUCCCAAAUCUUCCAUGCCAAUGGUUAUAAAUGGAAAUUAGCCCUGUAUCCCUCUGGAAAUGUGGAAAUAAAUGGGUCAUCGGAUCAUAUUUCCCUCUAUUUGGUAUUGGCUGAGGAUGACAUUUUGCCAAUUUCAUCACCAGCUUCAGAAGAAGUCAGUGCUGUGUUUACUUUUCUUAUUCAUGAUAAUCUUAGGGACAAAUAUUUGGCGAUUCAAGAUGGGAAAUUUAGACGCUUUCAUUCCAUGAAAACAGAGUGGGGGUUUGAGAAGUUGAUUCCACUUGAAUAUUUCAAUGAUGCCUCCAAUGGGUUGUUGGUUGGUGAUUGUUGUGCCUUUGGAGUGGACAUUUUUGUAAAGAAAUGUGAUGGUGGGAAGGGGGAGGACUUUUCCAUAACCAAGCAACCAAAAGACAACAAAUAUACCUGGAAAAUCAACAACUUUCCACAAAUACCUGAUGAGAAUUUUUAUCAGUCUGAUCCUUUUACAAUUAACAACUACAAUUGGAGGAUGUGCUUGUAUCCAAAACGAGACGGCCCUUUAUCUUUGUAUAUGAUCUUUGAUAGUUCCAAAGAGAUUCCUCAAGGCUCUGAAGUGAAAUUAGCUCUCUAUCCUAAUGGAAAUGAGAAAAGAAACGGCUCCGGUCACAUCUCCCUCUAUUUGGUGAUGGCUGGUAAUGACAUUUUAUCAACUGUUUCAGGAGUUAAUGUUGUGUUUACCCUACUUGUGUAUGACAAGCUGAGAGACAAAUAUUUAACGGUCCAAGGUAAAGGUUGGGUCGUCGGCGGUGAAGAAAACAGUUCUGGUAUUUCGAAUAUCGUCAUGUCAUUGAGCGAUCUCAAGAAUCCAACGAAGGGCUUUAUUAGCAAUGAUACUCUGAUAGUUGAAGUGAAAAUGAAUGCUAUCUCUACCUUAAAAAAGCUUUCGUAG